UUAGGAUUAGGUCAUGACAAAAGGCGUUUUCAGCGUUUCAUAUUGCUGUGGGUAACGCGGCUAUAAAUACGUGUGCCUAAUGUUCCUUAUUCCGAAAACACGAGAAGCCGAGGGUCUAUUUUAACGGCAUUGGAGCGAGUUCCGCGUAAUCGACGGCACUCGUCCCGCUGACCCUCUACAGAAUAUUAUCGCCCUGGCCGGCGAAACUGGCGAAAGUCGAUCCCCGAUCACGCGAACUCGCGUGUCAAGCGUCUCCGCAGUCCGCAGUUUGUGUCCGCGGUACGAUUUCUUUCGCGCUGUCCUGUAACCUCUCGGCCCGGUCCACGUGCAUCGUUAAUCGCGAUGUCGAACGUACGAACGUUGAUGCUCCCAAUUUUGGCUGCGGUAGGAACAAUAGUUGUUAUAGGAGUAGCGUUUAAAAUAUAUAAAUCCUGGAGUGAGAAGAAGAAAAAGUCCGUGCCAGUACUACUAGUUGAUCCAGUAGUCAAGUACAGUCUACCUCUAAUUCAGAAAGACAUAAUAAGUCAUGAUACGAGGAAAUUUAGAUUUGGAUUACCUACACCAAGUCAUGUCCUGGGUCUGCCAAUCGGUCAACAUAUACAUUUAACAGCAAAAAUUGGAGAGGAGGUUGUGAUACGUUCAUAUACACCUGUAUCAAGUGAUGAUGAUCGAGGCUACGUUGAUCUGGUUAUCAAGGUAUACUUCAAAAAUGCGCAUCCAAAAUUCCCCGAGGGAGGAAAAAUGUCUCAAUAUUUGGAAAAUAUGAACAUAGGGGACACCAUUGAUUUUAGAGGUCCGUCUGGUAGACUAGUUUACAAAGGACAAGGAAAGGUUACUAUAAAACUUCUCAGGAAGGAACCACCUGUGGAAUAUAAUGUUAAAAAGAUGGUUAUGCUCGCUGGUGGUACAGGCAUCACGCCGAUGCUGCAACUAAUUCGUGCAAUAAUAAAAGAUCCUACAGACGAAACUCAAACUUCUUUGCUGUUCGCCAAUCAAACAGAAAAAGAUAUCUUGUUACGAGACGAACUAGAUGAAAUUGCCAAGAAAUACCCAAACAAAUUAAAACUUUGGUAUACAUUGGAUUCAAGUAGCGACGAAUGGUCUUAUAGUACAGGAUAUAUAAGUGCUGAUAUGAUAGAAAAGCACAUGUUUCCACCAUCACCCGACACCAUCGUACUUAUGUGCGGACCACCUCCGAUGAUUAAUUUUGCUUGUACACCGAACCUUGAUAAACUUGGUUAUGAUGUAAAAUUACGAUUCGCGUAUUAAUAAAUUGAGGUUUAGGAUCAUUA